AUGAAUCUUAGGAAGAAAGCAGGCAUGUGCAUUUUGUUUCUGUUUGCAGCAAUGUUUUGCGCAAGCACUGUGCAUGCUGCAAAAGCCAGCAAAAGCAAGCCGCCUUUUGCGAAGUCUGUGCAGAAAAGCAGCAAGCUCCAGGCCUAUGACGAAGACGCAGUUUCUGACGAAGUUCCAUUAAGUAAACAGAAGAAAAGUGCACCGCCGGCUGCAAAGCCCUUAAUGGUUAAAAUUUCGUCUUCACCCCCAGAUGCCUCGGACGACGAGCAGAAAGAGGCGCCAGAAAAGAAAAGCAGCAAGCCCUCCUCUUCCACAAAAAACCCUAAGAAAAAAAGCAAGGCAGCAGAAGCGGCAGAGGCGGAAAGCGACGAUGCAGAGGCAACACCGUCAGAGCCCAAAAAGGCUCCAGCAAUUUUGGAAUUUUUCAAGUCAACUGUAUUUCUGAUUAUUUUGCUGGGGUCCUUGGGGGUGGUUGUCGUCUCCAUUGUUUUGUAUAUUUUAGUAUCCUUUAUAUCCAACUGGAUAAAAGACAGAAAAAACAGACUCAAAUACAAGCAGUCUCUAAAGCCUGCGUACACCUCCAUGGGUGAGAAAACAGACUCUAUGCAGGCAGCAAUAAACUUAUAA